AAGCUUCACUUCAGCCACUCAAAUCAAACCCUCCAAAUCUCUGAAUUCAAAACUACUCGUCACCAGCAAAUUUGCCAUUUUUGUUAUCUCCAUGAACACACCAACGGAUUAAACUCUGUAGCUACGUGUUCUCCUUCACCAUUUUAGCCGAUUCAAUGUCGUCUUCAUGUGCUACGGUGCCGCAUCCAGUAACAACGGACUGGUCCGCCGCUAACAAUUUCAAUUCUACCAUGAGAAUUCAUCCUUAUAGAAAUAGAUGCGGUUUGAGUAGGAGAGAUCUCGCAACGAAAGGAAUUGUUGCAGCUGGAGCUUCAGUGAUCCCAUCUAAUUUGGUAUCUCCACCUGCUCAAGGUUUAGAGAGAUUACCUUUCAAGAAAGAUGGAUAUAAAUUCUGGACAUGGAGAGGUCACAAAAUUCAUUAUGUUGAAGAAGGAGAAGGCUUUCCGAUAGUUCUUAUACAUGGUUUUGGUGCUUCAGCUUUCCAUUGGAGGUACAAUAUACCUGAAUUGGCUAAAAAGUAUAAGGUUUAUGCUGUGGACUUGCUUGGGUUUGGGUGGAGUGAGAAGGCACUCGUCGAAUAUGAUGCAUUGGUGUGGAGAGAUCAAGUUGCUGAUUUCUUGAAGGAGAUAGUGAAAGAACCAACAAUAUUGGUUGGAAAUAGCCUUGGAGGAUUUACUGCUUUGGUGGCAGCUGAAGCAAUGCCAAAGCAAGUUGUCGGCAUUGCAUUACUGAACUCUGCAGGACAAUUUGGAAGCCCAGAUGAUUCAACCACCGAGACUGAAGAAUCCCCCCUGCAGAAAUUCUUCAUAAAGCCAUUGAAGGAAGUUUUCCAGCGCGUAGUUCUUGGAUUCUUAUUUUGGCAAGCCAAGCAACCAGCUCGCGUUGAAUCCGUCUUGAAGAGUGUAUAUAAAAAUACUGCAAAUGUAGAUGAUUAUCUCAUUGAAUCAAUUACCAGACCAGCAGAUGAUCCAAAUGCUGGAGAAGUCUAUUACAGGUUAAUGACACGAUUCAUGUCGAAUCAAAGAAAAUACACUCUUGAUAGUGUGCUGAGCAAACUGUCUUGCCCGUUGUUGUUAGUGUGGGGAGAUUUAGACCCAUGGGUGGGCCCUGCAAAGGCGAUGCGCAUCAAAGAGUUCUACCCAAACACAUCUAUUGUAAACCUACAGGCAGGGCAUUGUCCCCAUGAUGAAGUUCCCGAGCUUGUCAACAAGGCCUUGGUAGAUUGGCUAUCGACUCUACCAUCCGCAUCCACAGUUCCCCAAACCGUAUAAACAUUUAGACACGAAACUUGUAAGUAUAUAUAUAUGUAACCCUGUAUAUUCAUUGAUCAUAUAAUUUGAUGAAAUAUUAUGAAAACUUCAAUCUGUUGAUAAGGGUAUGUUUAGUUGGUUAAGAAAAUGUAUACCCUUUAAAAGUUGAUGGAAGGUUGGAAUAGUAUCCUCAAGGGGUCGUAAUGUUGUAGGAUAA